ACUUGGGUUCGUGGCAGGUGUGAUUCAAAGGGCCAGGGUUCCAGCUUUCGAGAGAAUGCUUUGGCGUAUUUCUCGAGGAAACGUAUUUUUGAGAAGGGCGGAAUUGGAUAAACCUUUAGAGGACCCCACUACGGGCAAUGAAAUAUACAAAACUGUCUUUGUUGCAUUUUUCCAAGGAGAAGAAUUAAAAACUCGUCUGAAAAAAGUGUGCACUGGUUUCCAUGCAUCUUUGUAUCCUUGCCCGAGUGUCCCAGCCGAACGCGAGGAUAUGCUCAUGGGUGUAAAAACUAGACUUGCUGAUUUGAAAAUGGUCCUAAAUCAGACUCACGACCAUCGUCAUCGCGUUUUAGUGAGCGUCGCAAAAGAAUUAAUGAACUGGAAGAUUAUGGUGCGCAAGAUGAAAGCAAUUAUCACACGAUGA